AUAUAGAAUAGGGAUAUAUGCAAUUAAUUAAUUAAUGAAGGAUAAGGUUAAGUGUUUGGACUCAUUUUAAAUGCCUCUUCCACAACUAUACAAAUAUCAGACCUCUACUUGUAUAGUUUUCUUCUAUAAAUAGUGAAACCAAUCUGACAACAUUCUCAUCAAAAAACAAAUAACAACACAUCAAAUCAUCAAAUAUGGCUUCAAAAGCAAUAGUUUUUCUGGUACUUUUCUUGGCUAUGGUUGUUUUCAUAUCAUCAGAAGUUGCAGCUAGAGAUCUCGCCCAGACUUCCUCCACCGCUGAAACAUUCGAAGUUGACGGAGGAGGCGGAAAUGGAGGAUACAGAGGAGGCGGCGGAAAAGGGUACGGUGGCGGUGGUAAUGGCCGCGGAAACUAUGGCGGUGGACGCGGCGGUGGCGGCGGGCGUGGUGGAAGGUGCCGGUAUGGUUGUUGCGGCCGGAGCUUCUACAAAGGCAGUUGCAAGUGCUGUACAUUUGCUGGUCAGAAGGUGGAUGCCGAACCUCAAGCCAACCCUUAAAAAAGUUUUAAUUUGUUUGGAUUUCUGUGUGUGUUAUUUCAGUACAUGUGUGUUAGUGUGUGUUGCAUGAGAAGUGUGAAUAAUAAGGUGCAUGAAUGAAUGAAUGAAUGAUAAUAUAUCAUAUGUAUAUUCGUUCAUGCACAAACACGUAUUAUGGGUGCAUUAUACUUUUGCCCCAGCGGUCGUGUCAAAUUAAUAAAAACUCAUUUUGCUACUUUAA